ACAUCAAAAUACAACCUUGGUGUGUUCUACUACUCUACACAUAUACAGUAUAUGUGUACAGAGAGAGAGAGAGAGGGAGAGAGAGAAAGUGAGAGAGCUUUAGGGCUUUAGGACCAUGCGCAUCAGUGAACAUCAGAGGCUUUUAUUCUCCAAGUCGAUGCAGUGAGUGAGAGAAAGAGGGAGAGAAGAGGAGAGGAACGAGUGUGUGUGAGGAGUCAAUGCGCUGCCUGCACUCAUUCAACACACACACCGGAGACCGUGUAUGUGUGCGCGCUAGGGUGAAUGUGUGUGUGUGUGUGUGUGUGUGUGUGUGAGUGUGUUUGAGACUCUCAAACACAAAAAGUCUUUCGGUGUUUCGUCCUGAGCUCUGAGCAGGUGGGAAUGACAUGAACAUCCAGGAGAGGAAGAGAGGGAGAGACCUACGAGGACAGCAAGUCUUCCCGCGAGCCGACGAGCCGCCUGCGUCCUCACACGCCUUUCAGUGCUGAGUGUCAGUAGCUCACAUCCGCACCAUCCCAAUGCAGAGGCAGCGGGGCCACGAUUCGUCCGACACACACCGUGUUAGCAUCCAGGAUGCAUUGCUGCGGUUGGCCUCCAUUGUUGAUGCCAGCAGCCUCCGGGCAGCCAUUAAAGAGACACUGGAGGCUGUGCUACCGAAAGUGGAGAGUGUGUUCGUGUAUCUGCUGGAGGCCGAAUCUCAGAUGCGAUGUGAAGAUCCACCUCAUGACCUUCACGCAGAAGGCAAGCUCAGGGAGGUGUUGGUGCAGAAGAAGAGGGCAGUGUGUGUCGGUCUGCCAUCCACAGAGCUGCAGGAGAAGCAGAGGACGAGCCUAGCAGCACCUCUACCACCUGAGAAGCGAGUUGUGAUCAUUCCGUUGGUGGAUGAAGAUGAAGACAAGGUCAUGUCUCUCAUUUUGGUCUGCUGCUGUCAGCUCACUGACCAGGAUGAGCAGAACCUUAAUCUUCUGGAGAAACAUCUCAUCGUUGCCUGUAAAAGAGUCCAGGCGAUACAGAGGAGUGCGACACGGCCAGCCAUCCAGUCCCACAAUGCACCACUCAACACUAACACCGCAAACGAGAAGGAGAAAGACUACAGAGAACUGGACCGCAAGAUUCUGCAGCUCUGUGGUGAGCUGUAUGAUCUGGACGCGGCAUCACUUCAGCUCAAAGUCAUCAACUAUCUGCAGAAAGAGACCCAGUCUCAGUGCUGCUGUCUGCUGCUGGUUUCUGAGGAUAACCAUCAACUAUUCUGUCAGGUGGUUGGGGAUAAAGUUCUGGAAGAAGAGAUCAGCUUUCCUCUGAUGUUCGGACGUUUUGGGCAGGUGGUGGAGAAAAAGAAACCCAUCACCUUACAGGAUGUUAGCCAGGAGGAGAGAAGGCAGCUCAGCAGUAUGUUGGGGUUUGAAGCUCACUCCAUGCUGUGUGUGCCUGUCGUGAGUCAGGCUACUACCCAGGUGGUGGCGCUAGCAUGCGCCUUUAACAAGAAGGGAGGAAAGAAAUACUCAGCAGCAGAUGAACACAUGAUCCAGCACUGUUUCUGUUACACCUCCACAGUGCUCACCAGCACACUUGCCUUCCAGAAGGAGCAGAAACUAAAAUUUGAGUGUCAGGCUCUACUUCAGGUGGCCAAAAAUCUCUUCACACACCUUGAUGACGUGUCGGUUCUACUGCAGGAGAUCAUUGUGGAGGCUCGGAACCUGAGCAACGCUGAGAUUUGUUCAGUGUUCCUGCUCGACCGUGUCAGUCAUGAACUUGUGGCCAAAGUGUUUGAUGGUGGCGUAGUGAGCGAUGAUGAGAAGGAGUUCCGUAUCCCAGCGGAUCAGGGCAUCGCUGGUCAUGUUGCCACUACAGGGAAAAUCCUCAACAUUAAGGACGCGUACUCGCACCCGCUUUUCUACCGCGGCGUGGACGACAGUACGGGUUUCCGCACGCGCAACAUCCUCUGUUUCCCCAUCAAGGACGAGAACGGAGAUGUUAUUGGUGUUGCUGAGUUGGUGAAUAAGACGAAUGGUCCGUGGUUUAACCGGUUUGACGAGGACCUGGCCACGGCCUUCUCCAUCUACUGCGGGAUCAGCAUCGCCCAUUCUCUGCUGUAUAAGAAGGUACAUGAAGCUCAGUUCCGCAGUCACCUGGCCAAUGAGAUGAUGAUGUACCACAUGAAGGUGUGUGAGGAGGAGGUGAGCCGGCUGCUGAUGAGAGGAAUCGAACCUGCGCAUAGCCUCCACCCGAGCUUCUCUCAGUUCACCUACACACCCCGCUCCCUGCCUGACGACACCACGCCCAUGGGAAUCCUGAGCAUGUUUGAAGAUAUGGGCUUCAUAAACACCUACAAGAUUGACAUCCACAAUCUGGCCAGAUUCUGUCUGAUGGUGAAGAAGGGCUACAGGGAUCCGCCCUACCACAACUGGAUGCACGCGUUCUCAGUCUCUCACUUCUGCUACCUGCUUUACAAGAACCUGGAGCUCAGCAACUACCUCGAGGACAUUGAGAUCCUCGCUCUCUUUGUGUCCUGCAUGUGCCAUGAUCUGGACCACAGAGGAACAAACAACUCCUUCCAGGUGGCCUCGAAAUCUGUUCUGGCAGCUCUUUACAGCUCUGAGGGAUCAGUUAUGGAGAGACAUCACUUUGCUCAGGCCAUCGCCAUCCUGAACACGCAGGGCUGCAACAUCUUUGAGAAGUUCUCCAGAAAGGACUACCAGAGGAUGCUGGACCUGAUGAGAGACAUUAUUCUGGCCACUGAUUUGGCUCAUCACCUGCGCAUCUUUAAAGACCUGCAGAAGAUGGCAGAGGUUGGGUAUAACCCGAAGAACCGGACACACCACAGCCUGCUGUUGUGCCUACUGAUGACCUCUUGUGACCUUUCGGAUCAGACCAAGGGCUGGAAGACCACCAGGAAGAUCGCUGAGCUGAUCUACAAAGAGUUUUUCUCUCAGGGUGAUCUGGAGAAGGCGAUGGGGAACAGGCCCAGUGAGAUGAUGGACAGGGAGAAGGCGUACAUCCCUGAGUUACAGAUCAGCUUUAUGGAACACAUCGCAAUGCCCAUCUACAAGCUGCUGCAUGAGAUUUUCCCUCGUGCAUCAGAACUCUACGAACGCGUGGCAGCGAAUCGCGAGCAGUGGACCAAAGUUUCACACAAGUUCACCAUCCGCGGUUUACCCAGCAACAACUCGCUGGACUUCCUGGAUGAGGAGUACGAGCUGAUGCAGGCGCAGGGGGCGUUCGGGGACGACGGUCACCGCAUGAAUGGCUGCCUGGACGACGAGUGCAGCAAGACGGACCAAUGAACUCCUCAAAGUGCAACGUUUUCACUCUGAAACAGGUAGACGUUACGCCAUUGUGUCAUCUCCGAGAGGACGGCGUCGUAGACGGAACAAACCGGGGUGUGGUUGGACGACAGUCGAGACACUGGAGUUCCGUGGGCGGAGCUGAUAUGCUGCAGAUAAUGAUGUCAUUUCCUGCCAUUUGAACCAUUUGCGCAAGCAGAACAUUUCACUUGUGGUGGGGCCGGGGGCGGAGCCUCGUGUUUUUGUGUCGAAUAUUUCAGAUAUGUUCUUUAAUUAUUUACUUAACGUUUUGAUAGCUGAACAAAGCCUGAGUGUUUGAUUUUAUAUAUAUUUUCUGUCCUGCUGUAAACAUUAUAAACGCCAUCCAGAUGUAUAGAAGUGACGUUUAGUUGAUGAAACAGUUUACGGGAAAUGUUUCUUUGAGUAAGCAUCGCUGUAGAAAUGUCGUCAUCGCCAGCUAGAUCUUUCAUUUCACACGCAGAAUGAGUGAACAGGGAUUUUUAUUUUACUGUAAAGACAAUCAAACCGUUACAAGUCCUGUACAUCCCUUUUCCCAUCCUCAUAAGUGCGACUGCCCAUGACGAGAGAACACUCGAGAUGAGGUAAGACUGUAUUGAACGUCAUCAACACACACGUUAGUAAAACAUCCGUGUUAGUACCUUAAAGCUGAUUGUCAUGACAUUUAUCCCAGAUGUUCAAAUCUUCUUCCUAAUAGGCUGCUGAAACUUUGCCCUCAGUCCCUCAUCCUGUCACAUGACUCAGCCUCAGUUCAGGUAAGCCCAAAAAAAAAAAAAAAAAAUCUGCGCUCAUUUCCCAGACCGAAAUUCCCCCCACAAGCUCCUGUUGGAACGGAGUGCAUUAUGGCUGCGUUCAUGAGAUGAGAAAUUUAACUAUUUAAUGUUUAUCAUCAUAAUAGAUCCAAAGACUGCGAGUUUAACUGUGUCCGGCGAAUUUAAGGCCACUUCAGUACAAAUCUCCUGACUUCUGAGAAUGUCGUACCAGCGGCGUUCCCACUUCUUUUUGUAAGAACAUUUUAAGGGCUACAGCGCCCUCUGAGGCACGUGAAGAGGUUUAUUUCUCAGGCGGAAAACAGAAUUAUGUAUAAAUAUGGAUUUGCCUUAUCACGUAUAUGUGUUGCCUUUUUGAGUAGAGUUAAACUAAUAUAUAUACACACACGCACACACACACACACAGUUUUAAAGCUAUACAGCUCAGCGUGUGCAGGCAUGUUAACACGGGUGUGAAAGUCAAACCCAAGGCUAAAUCCGACUCUGCUAGUAUGCUAGCUGGUGUAAAGUAAAUCUCUAAUCCAAUCGGUGUAAACUAACUAAUUAUUAAUGUUCCCUAUAAAUAAUGUUCGAAAUAUAUAGGGCUAAUUUCAUUUCUUCAUACUUGAGUUCAUUUUCAGCGAGCCCUUUAUCCCAGUCAGGGUCACCGUGGAUCCCAGAUUAAUGGAUUCAUUCCAGAUGUUUUCACAAGGGCUAUACAGAUGGGACUAGUUUUAUAUGGGAAGGCUGGGUGAUGUAAUAAUUACCAGAGCUUCUCUGUGAUUUUAAUCCCGUGUGAACUGGUCAUGUCAGCUAUUUUUCCGGACUUUCUUCCCGGACUGUGCAGGGAAGGUUACGGUGUCUUUUACCUGCUAUAAAAACCCCUGUAAAGAUAAACCCAGGUUAAUCUAAUCCCGUGCGAACUGACCGAUACACAGAUUCAGGUAUGACUUGAUUGAUUGGGUUUGGAUAAACAACCAUCUUACUCUCAUUUAUUAACAAAGACUGAUUAAAAAUAAAUCAAAAUGAAUUCAGUCUAAAAAGCAGCUUAAAAAUAUGUGGGGAAAAAAGAAAAGAAACAUCUUCGACAUAAUGUAAAAAAAAAAAUAAUAAUAAUGAAAUAAAAAAGAAUGAAAUCUUUUUUGAUUGUCCAGAUAAUUUAGUUGCAGAAAAUCAUGAGAAUAAAAACAACGCCAGGGUGCCGAGACUUUCUCUCCUGCGCUAACAUGUCCGCCGCCUCAGCUUUCCACGCGUGACGUACUACUGAAAGCCAGUCGUAUAAACGAAUUUCCGUACACGAGCCAAAUUUCUUACAACAUGAAAAGAAAUCUGUAUAAAGAGGUAACGGUGAGUUUUAUGAGAUCCAGCUCGUUCUGUUAAACGCGACAUCAACACUGACUUGAAUUUCUAUUCCUCCAUGCUGUAGUUUAAUAUGAUCACAGCUUCAGCUCUCAUGUGCAAUAUGUCGUUCCUGUAACGUGUAAAUAACCACGUGUGCUUUUUAAAUGAUUCCUUUUUACAACAUACUGAACAUAUUUUCUGGUAUUUCUUCGUAUCUGAAGGUGGAAAUGAUUUUGUUUCCCUUUUCUGUUUGUUUGUUUUUUGCUUCUUUUUUUGUCCCCCUCACUAACAGAUGAACGUUUCUCUCGUGCCGUCCCCGUCACUUUGGAAAAAACGUGACGAACGUUCCUGUAAAUAUGAACUUAAAGAAAUGUUUCUCUAUUCUAUGUAAUUACCAGAUGUUUAAAAAAGCGAGUUAUUUUAUCUAUUUAAAACGGAGCGUCUGUGACGACGGUAUUGGUGGUCUUUCUUAGAUUUAGUGGCCUUCCUAAACAUUUCUGCAUCAUUCAGAUUUCAAAUAUUAAAAAAAGGUCUAAAACAUGAAAUUUAUAUUAGAAGUGUAACGUUUCGGCUGCUCACGAUGAAAAAACCAAACAAAGCAAUUUUAAAAAUGAUACGAGACUAGCUUCACCUUUAGCAUGGGUUUAAAAAUAAAUCGAUGGUUUGAUCAAGAUUUCAGCUCCAGUUAGUCCCAAUAAAUGAAGAAGAAUAAUUAAAAGGAUAACAGUGAAGAGGUAAGCGAUGUUGUGGGAUUACGGUGGCGCUGGUGGUUCUGUUUGAUCUCUAUUCUGUACUGACGUGUUGGUUUUGCUGGUCGUGGCCUCGAGUGAACACUGUGUACAUAAUGUACAGCUUGGACUGUGUCUUUAAAAACACAUUUCCUGUUUCUGGAAUGGAGAAAAGGCCAGUUACAUCCGAAAUAUAUGAAUAUAAAAAAAACUGCAGUGAAUUUUUAUUCAAAUAAAUUUCCUAAAACGGCUCAAAUGUGUUUUUAUUCAAAUUCUAUAAAGUAGUGGAAAAAGCGAUUAAGCCAAAAAUAAAUACUUUUAUUUAAAAUGUUUAAGGCAUAAAAUACUCUGAAAAACAAACACGCCUCAAGCCUCAAACAGCAGGAAGUUUAAAAUAAACAAAAACAAAACAAACACACAAACAUCCUUACAACUUCAUCAGGAAUGGUUUUUUUUUUUUUGAGGAAUGUUUAGAUUAAGUUUAAGAUUGAAGGACAAACAAACUUCACUUCAAACCUGCUCAACUUUUCAGUAAAAAGUAUUUCAGAUGUUGGUCCUACAGAUGUUUUCUUACAAUGCACCAUCUUCUAAUUUAAAAAGUCAUUAAAACAGAAGUAUAACAAUAUCAGAAGAUCUGUCCUAAACACAGAGCAGAUACCCCAAGUUAACGCAUCACUCUUACAGCAGGGUCUGUACUGAUCCUGUACACAGGGGUGCCACAGCCGCUAACCCAGCCGCUAACCCGCUAACACCAACAUCCGAGUAGGCCGAGAGAAACAAAAUGGAAAUGAAUUAGGUGUUGUACCUCAGCACGGGACGGCUCCACGCUAAACAGCAUAAAUUCUCAGAUGUAUUUAGCUUGAACUGAUAUUUAAUCACAGUCUGCACCGAUGUUUCUAUUUAUGAAGUGUUAAAGCUUACUUGAUAAACUUCUAACAAAAUCAGCAUUUUAUCAUAACGGAUAGCGUUGGCGUAACAUCGAGGCCAAAGGUCUGUAAAACAUGUACCUGAGUAAUUACUCAAGUUUUAUUUCUUUGCCUUCAAAGUCCUUCUUGAUUUCUAUUGGCUCACCGGACCGGAGUAGGUGGG